UUGCCUGCAGUUGUUCUCCUUGUCAUCGAUGCAACACCUCUUCAUGCGUGUUUCGGCGGUGGCAGCAACUGUUGCCCUCCGCCGCCCCCUCCUCCGGUACUGCCUGGCGCAUGUUGUCCUCCUGGUCCAGGAUACGGCGGCUACGGCGGUAUGGGCGGUGGCGGAGGAGUAAGGGCUCCAGGGCCAGCUCCUUAUGCUGGCGGAGGCGGGCCUUACGGCGGGGCAGAACUUGGUGGUGGUGGUGCUCCGUUCGGAGGAGCAUAUGGAGGUGGUGGGGGUGGCGGUGGUGGGGCACCAUUCACUGGUGGUCAACCAUCCUAUAUGCGGCCAGCACAAGGAGGAGGAUUUGUUCCGUCCGGAGGUGGAGGCCCCUACGUGGGACCUCAAGCUGCCGGACCUGCUGGUGGAGGUGCUUACAUGGGACCUCAAGCUGUCGGACCUGCUGGCGGAGGUGCCUACAUGGGAUCUCAAACUGCAGGACGUGGUGGUGGAGGUGCCUACAUGGGAGUUCCAUCUGUGGGCCCCUCCUUUGGCGGAGGCUACGGAGCUCCUCAAUCUGCCGGCUCCUCUGCUGGAAAUGCUUACAUGGGACCUCCGGUCGCUGCUCCCGAACCGGGAGGUAGACGCCCGGAGCCUGAAAUUCCAAUUCCAUCUGCAACAAGUGCCUAUAUGGUAUCUGCAGCUACCGAAUCUGGAGCUGGAGGAAGCUUUAUGGAAACCCCUUUUGCUGGCUCUUCUGAGGAAGGCCUUUUCGAGGGCAACGAAGCUACUGAGCCUACUAGCACUUUCUCCGAAACUGACUUGAUGGAACCUCAACCUGGCGUAUCCCAGGCUGGAGGCAGCUACGUUGAAAGCCGACCUACCGGUUCAGAACAAGAAGGCGAUUCACAGCCGUCUUCUGUGGACAGCGGUGGCGCUCUUUAUGAUCAG